ACUGUGAUUGUGAUAUAAAGCUAUAAGUCUACAAGUUUUACAACAAAUAACUUAUUUCAUUCUUGGAAAAGUGAUUUGGGAAUUCUAUGCUUCGUUUUGUGUAAUACCUAAGUAGGUAGGUAUCGACGAGACGACAACAACACAUUCGAUAUUUAGAGUUCGGUGUAACCUGACUCAUUCCAACUACACCCAACUCAAUACAAGAAUUGAUCUUUUCUACAACCUUCAUCCAUUCAUUCAUCUUUUUCCCAUCAAUCAUUUUUCAAAAGAAUCCAAAAUCAAAAUGGAAGUCCCCAAAGCCCCCGACAUAGAAUCGCCAAAAGUUACUCAAACCCUCUCCAGCACAUCCAUACACAACAACAAAUCCCUCCAAAUGGACGCGCAAACCGCAACAGAAAUCGAGCACACAAUGACCUUCCGCGACGGACUCCGCAACUAUCCCGCCGCAAUCGGAUGGUCAGCAUUUUUCUCCCUCGGCAUCAUCAUGACGGCAUUCGAUCCGCAGUUACUCGGUAGUUUAUACGCGACGCCGGCUUUUCAGAAGGAUUUCGGGUAUUUGUUCAAGGGGAAUUAUAUUAUUAGUGCGCCGUGGCAGACGGCGUUGGGUAUGGGAAAUCCAAUUGGUCAGGUCGUGGGAGCGUUGCUUAUUGGGUUUCCGAUGGAGUGGUAUGGACGGAGAUGGGUAGGUUUUAUUUUGCUUUGAUUUGGUGUUGGUGUUGAUGCUGGUAGAGUAGAGGCUAAUUUACUUAUUUGCGAAGACGUAUAUGGUAUGUGUGGUAGGCACGGCAGCAUUGAUAUUUGUGCAAUUUUUUGCGCGAUCAUUACCGGUUCUUCUCGUUGGUGAACUUAUCGGAGGAUUGAUACUGGGUACUUAUACGACUAUUGCGCCCACCUACGCAUCUGAAGUAUGCCCCAUUGCGCUUCGAGGACAUCUAACUUCUUAUAUUAAUCUUUGUUUUGUGAUGGGUCAACUCCUUGCAAAUGGAGUUAUUGCAGGAACAUCUCAACUCAAUAAUCACUGGGCUUAUAGCGCGCCAUUUGCAAUUCAGUGGCUUUGGCCUCUCAUCAUCUUAAUCGGUACCAUCUUUGCUCCUGAAUCACCAUGGUGGCUUGUUCGAAAGGAUAGACUUGAGGAAGCGGAAAAGUCGUUGAAUCGCCUCUCUUCGAAGAAAAUCAAUAAUAAAUUGGUCUUGGCUAUGAUGAUUGAGACUGAUAGGUUGGAGUUGGAGAUGGAGACGGGAACGACUUAUUGGGAUGUUUUUAAUAAGACCAAUAUACGAAGAACGGAAAUCGCGAUAGCAGUUUUUGUUACGCAGGUUUUUAGUGGGAUAUAUCUUGUGGGAUAUGCGGCUUACUUCUUUCAACGUGAGUUUUCCUUUUCGUGCCAAGUGUUGAUUUCUUCGUUUGCAUAGGUAUCUUCGUUUUCUUUGUGCACACACACCCAUCUACACCAUCGAAAUAUUCUCUUUUUCUUGGAACAGAUACCACCAUUUAAGCUUUUAUAUUCGAGUGCUAUUUGAAAACUGAAUGAUGGCCUAAUCACUCAUCACUCCAGUUGCCGGCCUUGCGGGAUCUAAAGCUUUCGAUAUGAGUGUUGGAUUCCUAGCCGUUGGAUUCGUAGGAACUCUCCUAUCAUGGAUUUUGAUAUCAAGAUAUGGCAGACGACGCAUCUACAACACUGGACUUGCUGUACUCACGACAAUUAUGUUCAUUAUCGGAAUCUUGGAUUGCGUACCAAAUUAUUCGAAGCGUCCCGCUGUCAUUUGGGCGCAAUCAACACUCAUGGUAUGUUGAAGAAUUUCCUCGCCGUUCUGUGAUGGACAUAACGUGGUGAUUGUCUCGUAUUGAUCGCUCUGCGUGAAUUUAGAUCGUUUGGAACGGUAUCUUCGACCUUACUAUCGGGCCAGUUUGCUAUACAAUUUUCUGCGAGGUAUCCGCUACCAAAGUUCGCGCCAAAACCAUUGCUGUGGCUACUGCAAUGCAAGCGCUUGUUGGAAUCGUUAUGACAGUCGCAAUUCCUUAUAUGAUCAAUCCGGAUCAAGCUAAUUGGAGAGGAAAGAUAGGAUUCUUCUAUGGUAAGCAAAAUUUUACAUUCAGUUAUUGAUUGCGGCAACGCAAUGUGCCAAUUGACAGGUGCAUUGGUGAAUCGAGUGACACCAAAUAUGUUUACUUGAUGGUAUUAACAUCGAAAGAGGAUAUUAUUGACUGAUAUUUGAAUAGGUGGUUGUUCGGUAGUAUGCUUUAUAUGGUGUUGGCUGAGAGUUCCAGAAACCAAAGGAAGGACGUAUGAAGAGUUGGAUUUGAUGUUCGCGAAAGGCGUAAAGACGAGAGACUUCAAAAAUUACAAAAUUGAGUAAUGUAUGUACAUAUCCGUUUCAGUCCUAUUCGUUGACCACAAUUGAGAUUGCUUUUACCUACAGAGAUUUCAUGAAGAAGAUAAUUCUUCCAUGUUCAUCUAUCAGGGAAUGAAUCUAUGAAUGAUCAUGACAUUUCAAACGUCAAUCCAAAAUCAAUCCAAUUCGUUGAAACACCUAAUCUAGAAAAUGCUAGAGGGGUACCGGUACUUACUUGCUAGUCCUACUUGGAAGAUCAAUGCGAACCUGCUAGCUCAUUGACACGACAAUGAAAUUGACAUGAUGCUUACUUAUUAU